AUGAAAUUUCAAGCUCAAAAUGUAAGAGAUAUAAUAUUAUCGACAAUGCAAGAACAAUUAAUGGGACGGCAGUAUCGCUCUGAUCAAGCUCCGAGAUGGGCUCAAUCUAUAUCUAAUGCUGUACGUCAGAGAGUUCAGGAUCUUGAUAUGAAAAGGUAUAAAAUAUUGGUUCAGACGAUAUUGUUAGAAAUGAAGGGAGCUGGAAUUAAGUGCGGCCAGCGUUGUAUUUGGGAUCCAGAGACAGAUGAUUAUGCAGAUGAGUUAUUUAGGAACGACACAAUAUAUUGUUACACUAUUGUCUAUGGUGUUUAUAUGUACUGA